GUGGUGGCGGUGAUAGUAGCGCCUUAUAUGGUCAUGUGGCCGGCUCUGAUUGGCUGCUGUACCACGUGGCUGCGGUGAUAGUAGCUCCUUAUAUGGUCAUGAGGCUCUCCCUGUGACUGGGCAUCGGGUUCAGGCCGCAGGGCUGGUUCUCAGAAAGGGAAAUGUACACGGUGUCCUCACACAAACACACACAGUACACAAUAUACACAGAGCGCACAACACUACACACACAUGCUCCUCUAUCCUCCAUUUGUCAUUUAACAGUUAAAGGAUUAUAAAGGUCUUUAAAAAAGGUUCAAUGAAGUGUUUAGUAAAAGUUUAAUAAAAAAAUAAUAAAAGUCUAAUGACGAUUUAAUAAAAGUCUAAUAAAGCUUUAAUAAAAGUUUAUUAGACCUUUAGUAAAGCCUUAGUAAAGGUUUGUUGUGUUUGUCUCGUGUCUCUUUGUUUUGCUGUGUCUCUCUCUUAUGUAACGUCCAUUCAGACGGAGCCGCUCACAUCCGCGACGGGCAGGGGUGGAGGCGGGAAACCAGAGCUGCGACCACACGAUUCCCAGCUCCGUAGGUAUAUAAAUAAAUAUUAAUACUUCAGGAAUUUAUUAAGUCGUUAGUCUAAUAAUUCGACGUGAGGUUUUAUUGUGAGGAGGAGGUUUACAAUGAGAAACAAGGGUCGCCCUCCCACCCGUAGGGACUUGGUACAGUCCACAACACGUCAGCCAUUGUUUACAAAUGAAGGAGCUGCCGUUGGUUCCGAGCGGCUCGCGGCUCUCAUUCACCCCGAGAACGAGCUCGACAUCCCGCAGAAACUCGCCGCCUCCGCCGCCAUGCCGUGCCGGAGGGAGAACUACAUCCUGCUGGAGCAGUCCGUCACCGUGGACUCCAAGGAGGUGGACGCGCUGGUGACGAAGAUUGGGGAAGCGCUGCAGCUUCAAAACAACAACGGCGGCGGCCACCAGAAGACGGUGUCCGUGUCCGUGUCCUGUCUCCACGGCUCCGGGAAACCGGCCCCAAGCCUCAGCGGCAUCAGCGCGGCGGCUCCGGUCCAGAAACGCCACGGCUGCUGCAUGCGGCUCCGGAGCCGGGGACACCGGGGGAGCAGCCGGGCGAGCCCGUACCACAUCCCCGGGUCCAACGGCGAGCAGGACUGGGACCAGAUCAGACCGUGGACCAGGAAGCGUAUCAACGUGGAGGAGGACGACCCGCACCGGCUCCUCCAGGAGCUCAUCCUAUCGGGGAACCUGAUUAAAGAGGCCGUGAGGAGGCUACAGUUCUCCGCCGCGGACUGUGGAGACUUCCCCCGGGCCGCGGACAACGUGACCUGCUGAUACCGGGACCGGAGGGACGCACCGAGACUUGGCGUCCCGGAGUCUCCCCGAGAUGGACAACGACCGAGCACAGACUCGGACAUCGACACAGACCCGGUCCGACCGGACAGUUUUUCAUUUCAGACAUUUUUUCAUCGACGCGUCAGAGCGUCAUGCUGUUAGCUGUUAGCCGCCCGGCUAACGAGGCGUGUUGUUUAUGUUUGAAUGUGUUGGGGUGGGGGGUGGGGGUCUGUACAGAGGUCACAUGAUGGAGUCUGGACCAGAACACCGAACUCUUCUUCUUCUACUUCUACUUCUUCGUCUACCGUUUUCGUCUGAGGAGAAACGGGAAGCGGGUGGAUUGAUUUUAAUGCCAUUAAACACCUGUUAGCAGUUUGCUUAGCCAGCCGACGCCAUGUUGGAUGCUGGUGUGUUUACAGUCUGUCAGGAGUCGCUCCUCCCCCUCUUCAUUGUGUCGGUCCAGAGACUCCUCCCUCUCCUCGUAAGGCCCCUCCCCCCUCCAUGAGUCCCCUCCCCCCAUCAUCCCUCUCAUCAGGUGACUCUCGGGGAAAAUGGCCGCCGUCACGUCCCGUCUCCCCCGGUGCUUUCAGGACUUCCUGGAGGACUUAUUGUUGUUUUGGGGGGGUUUUGUAUUAGUAUGAAGAAGAAUCAGCUCGACUGCUUCGUACCGGAGUAUCUGAUCCUGUUCCUGAGUUUUCAGGGCUUUUUUCUUGUCUUAAUAAAUUUGUCUGUUUUCCA